AUGGAUUUUAGUUCUAAAGAAAAAUCUCUUGCAGUAGAUUUCGAACUUGACGGGUUUCUUAAAGAGUUGGACUUAGCUCUAAAGCAGACAGUAAGAGACCACGAAAGGGAGAUUAACCAAAUGAGAUUAGAUAAUAAAGUAGAUGAGUACAGGAAUUCUAUAGAGUUUAUAAUAUGCAAGGCAAAAAGAAUUCUAAAGAAUAUAGAAGAUUAG